GGGCGGCUGAGGCGUCGCGCGGAGCUGAUGCAACCCGGCGCCGGCGACUGGAGCAGGGCAGCGGGGGCGCCUCGCCGGGGAGCAGCGCAGCGCAGCGGGCCGGGUCACGUUUGUAACAGCUUUACUGGUCAAAGGCUGACGCAAUGGGGGACGAGCUGACCCCGAGGGAGAAAUGCCACCUGAUCACCCGGAACCUACAGGAGGUUCUCGGGGAGGAUAAGCUGAUGACCAUCCUGAAGGAGCGAGAUCUGAAGGUGUACUGGGGGACAGCCACGACAGGCAAGCCUCAUGUAGCCUACUUCGUACCAAUGUCCAAGAUUGCAGACUUCCUGAAGGCUGGAUGUGAGGUGACGAUCCUGUUCGCUGACCUCCACGCGUACCUAGACAACAUGAAGGCGCCGUGGGAGCUGCUGGAGCUGCGCACGCACUACUACGAGACCGUGAUCAAGGCCAUGCUGGAGAGCAUUGGCGUGCCUCUUGACAAGCUGAAAUUCAUCCGGGGCACUGACUACCAGCUCAGCAAGGAAUACACAUUGGACGUCUACAGGCUCUCCUCUCUCGUCACCCAGCACGAUGCCAAGAAAGCUGGAGCAGAGGUGGUGAAGCAAGUGGAGCAUCCCUUGCUGAGCGGUCUACUCUACCCAGGACUGCAGGCCCUGGACGAGGAGUACUUGAAGGUUGAUGCUCAGUUUGGAGGAGUGGAUCAGAGGAAGAUUUUCACCUUUGCAGAAAAGUACCUGCCCUCCUUGGGCUAUGCCAAGCGCCUCCAUUUGAUGAACCCAAUGGUUCCGGGGCUGACAGGCACCAAGAUGAGCUCUUCAGAGGAGGAAUCGAAGAUCGACCUUCUGGAUCGGAAGGAGGACGUGAAGAAGAAACUGAAGAAGGCAUUUUGUGAGCCGGGAAACGUGGAGAACAACGGCAUUCUGUCAUUCAUCAAGCACGUUCUCUUCCCACUCAAGUCAGAGUUUGUGAUAUUGAGAGACACAAAAUGGGGAGGAAACAAAACCUACACGACUUAUGAAGAGCUGGAAAAGGACUUUGCAACUGAGGUUGUGCACCCGGGGGACCUGAAGAGCUCAGUGGAACUGGCUCUGAACAAGCUGCUUGACCCCAUUAGAGAGAAGUUCAACACCCCAGAACUGAAGAAAUUGACCAGCACAGCAUAUCCUGACCCAUCUAAAUCCAAGGCUUCAGUGAAAAACUCCACCAAGAAUUCAAACCCUGAGGAUGUGGUCCCGUCCCAACUGGACAUCCGUGUUGGCAAAGUGGUCAGCGUGGAAAAGCACCCUGAUGCCGACAGCCUGUACCUGGAGAAGAUUGACGUGGGUGAGCCCGAACCCCGGACGGUGAUCAGCGGCCUGGUGCAGUUUGUGCCGAAGGAGCAGCUGCAGGACAGGAUGGUGGUGCUGCUGUGCAACCUGAAGCCCCAGAAGAUGAGGGGAGUGGAGUCCCAGGGCAUGCUGCUGUGUGCUUCCAGCGUGGGUGAGCCCCGUCGAGUGGAGCCCCUGGACCCACCAGCAGGUUCCUGCCCAGGGGAGCGUGUCUAUGUGGAAGGCUAUGAGAGUGGGCAGCCUGCUGACGAGCUCAGACCUAAGAAGAGAGUCUUCGAGAAGUUGCAGGCUGACUUCCGGAUCUCUGAGGACUUUGUUGCCCAGUGGAAGCAGAAGAAUUUCAUGACCAAGCUGGGGAAUGUCUCGUGUAAAACACUGAAGGGUGGGAACAUCAGUUAACAAGUGCCAGCCCGUCCCCCUUGUCCUCUCCUCACCUGUUGCCAUCCACUGCUCCAUUUUGGGUUCUGUUCCCCCAACCUCCACCACGAUCGCCGCAGGGCCACGCUCUCCCCACUGCAGCAUGCAUCUAAGUGAGGGAGAUUCAGCCCAAAGCACUUGGGGGUCGAGGCUGAAUGUGCGAAAUGUGGUAGUUGGUUCACACCUUGCAACUGAACUUGGGUAGGUUUGGUGGAGAACCAACCUCCAGAAGCAGCCUGUUUCCCUUCGAGCUGCCAUUGACCUGCUCCCACCCAGCUGAUCUCUGGAGAAGGCCAAGCAUGAUUCAGGGACCAUGUAGCUCCUGAGCACCCAGCAGGAGCUAGCGCUGCAACCUGUUGUCUGUUUCCCCUGUGAGUCCUCCUACGUGCAGCUCUCCUGAAGUAUCCGAAGUCGGGGUAAAGUGUGAUUUAUAAAAGCACAGGCUGGGUGGAUUCCAGCCUCUCUGAAGGUUGCACUAGAGCCGGCUAGAAGCUGCCGCCGUUGGAAAGCUCUGCUCAUUUUAAAUGCAAGUAUUUCAGAGAAGAAUAGUCGUUCAAACCUGUGUCGUUCGUAACGGGGAAGAGGGACUGCGGGACAUCCUGUGUAAAGACAGUCACCUUACAUCUGCCUCAGCCCCCCCUGCGAUCUGUGCAGGGCUUGAACUGCCAAGACAAGGGGGCUGGGCCUGUGGAGGGCACGCAAGGCUCUCCAGACACACCGGGCUGCUCUGCAAGCCCAGGGCCAGGGUUGUGGAGCUCAGCCCAUGGAGCUGCAGGUGGGAUCCUCUCCCUUUAGUGUUGAAUCUGAAAUCAUCCGUCAUUGUUAAAAACCCCAAUAAAGUGUGAAACUGCC